GUGCGGGGCGGAGGCGUGGAGGCGCGGCCCGGGCGCGACGGGCGGAGUCCUCGUGGGCCGGCUCUCCCCGGGCCCGGCCGCCGGGACAGCGCGGCGGGCAGGCCUGGGCCAUGGCCGAUGGGGCGGCGCAGCCGGGGGCCGAGCUGCUGGCCUUCGAGCGAUUCCGGGAGGCGAGCGCGCAGCCCCUCGCCUACGGCUACGGCCACGGCCAGCGCGGCCUGCGGGAGCUGCGGGCGCGAGAGUUCGGGCGCCUGGCAGGAACUGUCUACCUUGACCAUGCAGGAGCCACGCUGUUCCCCCAGAGCCAGCUCACGAGCUUCACUCGCGAUCUCCUGGAAAACGUUUACGGUAACCCUCACAGCCAGAACAUCAGCAGCAAGCUCACCCAGGACACCGUGGAGCAGGUGCGCUACAGGGUCCUGGCGCACUUCCGCACCUCCCCGGAGGACUACAGCGUGAUUUUCACCGCCGGGAGCACGGCUGCCCUGAAGCUGGUGGCGGAAGCCUUCCCGUGGGCGCCCCGGGGCCCCGAGAGCAGCGGGAGCCUGUUCUGUUACCUCACCGACAGCCACACCUCCGUGGUGGGCAUGCGGAUGGUCGCCACAGCCAGGAAUGUCACUUCCAUCCCCGUGAGGCCGGAGGACAUGCGGUCGGCGGAGAGACGGGGUGCUGCCGCCAGCGACCCCGACUGCCAGCUUCCGCACCUCUUCUGUUAUCCCGCGCAGAGCAACUUCUCUGGCACCAGAUACCCGCUGUCCUGGAUAGGAGAGGUCACGUCGGGGCGCGUGUGCCCGGUGAGCGCGCCCGCACCGGGGCGGUGGUUCGUGCUGCUGGACGCAGCCUCCUACGCGAGCACCUCCCCGCUGGACCUGUCGGCUCACCCGGCGGACUUCGUCGCCCUCUCCUUCUACAAGAUCUUCGGCUUCCCCACCGGCCUGGGGGCGCUGCUGGUGCAUCACCGGGCGGCUCCCCUGCUGAGGAAAACCUACUUUGGAGGAGGCACGGCCGCUGCGUACCUGGCAGGAGAGGACUUCUACAUCCCCAGGCCGUCGGUGGCAGAAAGGUUUGAGGAUGGCACCAUCCCGUUCCUUGACGUGAUAGCGCUCAAACACGGAUUUGAUGCCCUGGAGCGCCUCACAGGCGGCAUGGAGAAUGUGCAGCAGCACACCUUCACCUUGGCGCAGUACACCUACACCGCCCUGCGCUCCCUCCGGUACCCCAGCGGGGCCCCGGUCGUGCGGAUCUACAGCGACUCUGCGUUCCGCAGCCCGGAGGUGCAGGGUCCAGUCAUCAAUUUUAACGUGCUCGACGCCAACGGGCGCGUCGUUGGUUACUCCCAGGUGGAGAAGAUGGCCAGUCUUUUCAACAUCCAGGUGCGCACCGGCUGCUUCUGCAACACGGGGGCCUGCCAGCGGCACCUGGGGAUCAGCGACGAGAUGGUCAAGAAGCACCUUCAGGCUGGGCACGUCUGUGGAGACGACGUGGACCUCGUAGAUGGGCAGCCGACAGGGUCUGUGAGGAUUUCAUUUGGAUACAUGUCUACUCUUGAGGAUGCCCAAGCCUUUCUCAAGUUCAUCAUAGCCACCCGACUGCGCCCGCAAAGCAGCCAGCCUGUUCCUCAGGCCGCCCCUGGGGAGGCUGGCACCGCACCAGCAGAGACUGAGGCUCAGAGCACUGUGCCCGCCACUGUGCCCACUACCGUGCCCGCCACUGUGCCAAACACGGUGCCCACCACUGGGCAUAUCACCGUGUCCACCGUGCCCGCCACCGCGCACAGACCUAGUCUCUCUCCUCGGGAAGACACCCCCACAGCCUGCAGGACCGGGAAUGGCUGGCCCCCUGCUGUAGGUGCUGUGCGUUUGCAUCCACCGCUGGAGGCCACCAGGCCCCUGCAGGUCCCCCCAGAGAAAGCGGCAGCAGCCCCUGGUGGGGGCCUUGGGCCACAUGUCAUCACCAACCUUUUCCUCUACCCCAUCAAAUCCUGUGCUGCGUUUGAGGUGACGCAGUGGCCUGUGGGACACCAAGGGCUGCUGUACGACCGGAGCUGGAUGGUUGUGAACCACAACGGCAUUUGCCUGAGUCAGAAGCAGGAGCCGCGCCUGUGCCUGGUCCAGCCCCGCAUUGACCUGCAGCAGAGGAUCAUGGUCAUUAGAGCCAAAGGAAUGGAGCCCAUAGAGGUGCCUCUUGAGGAAAACGGUGAAGGGGCUCAGAUUUGCCAGAGCAAGGUCUGUGCGGACAGGGUAAAUACUUAUGAUUGUGGAGAAAAAAUUUCAAGUUGGUUGUCAAGAUUUUUGGGCCGUCCGUGUCAUUUGAUCAAACAAAGUUCGGACUUUCAAAGAAAAGCGAAGAAGAGCCGUGGCAAAGGGCAGUCUGCUGGUGCUCAAGCCACUCUUUCUCUGGUGAACGAGGCCCAGUAUCUGCUGAUAAACACAUCCAGUGUUUUGGAACUUCAGCAGCAAUUACACGCCAGUGAUGAGAACGGAAGGGAGGAAUUAUUCCCAAUGAGAGAUCUCAUCUCACGUUUCCGUGCCAAUAUUAUUACCAGUGGAGCAAGUGCUUUUGAAGAAGAGAAAUGGGAGGAGAUUUCAAUUGGUUCCUUGCAUUUCCAGGUUUUGGGGCCUUGUCACAGAUGCCAGAUGAUUUGCAUUGACCAGCAAACUGGGCAACGAAACCAAGAUGUUUUCCAAAAGCUUUCGGAGAGUCGAGAGAGAAAGGUAAACUUCGGAGUGUACCUGAUGCAUUUGUCUUUGGAUUUUCCUUCUCCGUGUUUCCUGUCCGUAGGAUCUCAGGUGCUCCCUGUGUUGAAAGAAAAUGUAGAAUGCCACGAUUUACCUGCUUCUGAGAAACAUCAGAAUGUUGUCUCCUAAGAUUCUUUUUUUCCCCCAGCUUAAAUUAAAAAUUCUCUUUUACAACAA